AUGAAGGCGCCACGGCACUCGAGCGCGACCGCGGCCGUCGCGCCCAGGUCAGACGGCGACCUCAGCUGCUCGUCCAUCAACCUACCCGUCGACGGCGUCCUGACCCUGAGCGAUGGCCAGGUCAUCAAGCUGACUGCCGACGCUUCCUUCCAGCCCUCCUGCGCCGAUGCUCUGCAGGCCAAGCCUGUCAUCAUUGGAAACACGGGCGUCACCAUCGACCAAACCGUGGCACCCGCCACCGGGUCUUCCUCGACGUCUUCCUCGUCUUCUGGCUCUGGCAUUCAGCUCUCGGAUUUUCGCGACCCCUUCUACGCCUCUACGUUUCCGCAAUGCUACGCGCUUGCGGCCACCACCAUCAUCGCCUACACGCUGGUCAUUAUGCUCUUCAUUGCGCCGAGAUCCUUUCUUGACGGUGGCGUCGUUGUGCUAGGACGUCGCGGAUUCACAAAUGGACCUUCGAACGGUGUUAGCAUCGGAGGACGGCCGUGGCUUCAGAAGGUUGCUGCCUUGACGGUUGCCAUCUCUCUGACGAUCGCCACGGCCGAUACUUUCCGCGUGGCUGAGGAUCAAUAUGCCGAUGGUAUUCAGAACGCCCAAGCUCUCCAGGACGAAGUCCUCAACGGCACGCAGCUGAAGAUCAUCCGACUCAUCUCGGACACGUUUCUCUGGCUUGCCCAAGCCCAGACCCUGAUCCGUCUCUUCCCUCGCCAGAGGGAAAAGAUCAUUAUCAAGUGGACCGCCUUUUCCUUGAUCACUCUGGAUGUCAUAUUUGGGGCCCUCAAUAGCUUCUUAUAUGAUGGCCCCGGCAAUGCCAGGCCGCGUAAUUUCACAGACGCGGUACCGGCUCUGAGCUAUUUAUUCCAACUUUCCCUAGGCCUCUUAUACGCUGCCUGGGUUAUCUAUUACUCCUUGAUGAAGAAGCGUUACGCAUACUUCCAUCCAUUGAUGAAGAACAUCAGCCUGAUGGCCGUGCUAUCGAUUAUCUCGCUACUUGUGCCAGUUGUCUUCUUCAUCCUCGAUAUUUCGAAACCGGACUUUACUGGAUGGGGUGAUUACGUCCGCUGGGUGGGCGCGGCGGCCGCAAGUGUUGUUGUGUGGGAAUGGGUUGAGCGAAUUGAGGCCUUGGAAAGAGAAGAGAAGAAGGAUGGUAUUUUAGGCCGGGAGGUGUUCGAUGGGGAUGAGAUGAUGGAUGCUUCGAAUUCAGACCUUCCUUGGCCGAGGCGGCGUAGGACUAAGAAGAAGGAUGAGGACGACAACAACAACAAUGAUGGCGGAGAGAGCGGCCGCGGAGGAAGCCAGCAAACCUCGUCCACUCAUGGACGCGGUAACAUGUGGCCAGCGAUGUCUUCCAUCGCUAGUCGAUAUAUGUCACGAUCCGGGAGCAAUUUGGACACAAGGGAGCAACGGGCCAACAACGCAGCUCCCGCCGCCAGCAAAUCCGGACCCCGGCUCCUGCAGCCGCCUUUGUGGAUAUCUCGCCCGCCUCCAGCAGCCACGCCCAUCAGCAGAACGGAUACGGCGAGCGCCGACAGCACGGUCUACGCUGUGCGCUAUCAGCCCUUGACAGAGACCACUUCACGGACAACAGACGACAGACUGGGACGCCCAGUAUCGAGAAGCAACAGCAGAGCAUCUUCUCAUCCCAGAGAGCGCUCUCCAAGCCCGUCAGCACGCGCCGAGGCCAUACCACCAUCUUCGAAGCCCGAUGAAGACGAUGCCAAACCGAGCAGGUGGCGGUCGUUGACAAAGUUUCGACCUGGCGUCAACGGGCCCCCUGCAGAAGUUGCGCCGCACACCAACAAACCAUCAGCACCCAGGCGUGAGUAUGAAAACCGAGGCUGGAUGGACAUCCGGGAACGCAUGGAAGACUUUGCCGCUACGCAGGCUGAGAGGAUACGGGAGAAAAUGCGCCCAACCCCAGACACGGAGAGCCUCGAGGUGGUGGUGAUUCCGCCGCCCCCACGCCGCGGUGCAGCUCUCGCCCAACUUAUGGAAGAAGAGCAGCAACCACAAGCUGGUGCUCCUAGUGCACCAGCUGCCGGCGGUAGUACGGCAACAGGAUCGAGCAAUGCGUCCAGGGCGGUCCCGUUCCCAACGAUAGACACCCGAGCCUACAGCAACACGUCAAACAUGUCGGGCCCAACACUGAGCCCAACGCAAAGGAAUGACACCUUCCCACUCACAUCGGCCAGGCGAGACAGUGCUGUCUCGCCCACCUCACCCCGAGUGCGAAACCCCGCGGGGGAGAGGAGCAAUGCCUCACCAGUGUCUCCGCUUUCGCCAUCAGCUCCGAGGCGGCCCGUAGAUGACAUCUUCGGAGGUGGCACUGCACCGUCCUGA